GACUCAUACCCCUAUAAAAUUACGAUUCUUGCCGUUUUGACUCUGAAAAGCUCUUGAUUAUCUCCGGUCUUUGGCUCUUCAUUCUCCAACGAGCUUUUAAUUUGCUUUGAAAAUAUCGUUUGAUUGCAGAUUCUUCUCCUUAUGUUUUUUGAGGAUAAAAUUUUGGAGAUGAAUCCAGGGAGUCCGUUGAGAGUCAAAUACAGAGAGCAAAGAACUGUUACUAAGAAGCUAGUGAAGCCAUCGAGCGAGUGGUUUUGCAUGGAGUCCAAAGCUAAAGCCCCUAAAAUUGUGAGGAUUUGUGUCACCGAUGAGGAUGCCACCGAUUCUUCAAGCGACGAAUGCGAAGGGGAGACAUAUCACACAGUGAAAAGGCAUGUAAACGAAAUCAGGAUCCAAGAUUGUUCCACUGUUAACUUCACCAAACCAACGAACCACCAAAUAAAUAAUAAAAGUAACCAUGUGGAUAUCAGAUCAAAGAAGCAACAACAGCAGCAAUGUUUGUCUGUGGGUGUCAAGUAUCUUGGGGUUCGACAAAGGCCAUGGGGGAGAUGGGCGGCUGAGAUCAGAGACCCCACAAGUCGAACCAGAGUCUGGCUUGGCACGUAUGACACUGCUGAAGAAGCUGCCUUGGUGUACGACCGAGCCGCGAUUCAAAUCAAAGGCCCCGACGCUGUCACAAACUUUGCACAACCUCCCCUGAGACCCGACAUUGAUCUGGACAUUAUUUCGGGGUAUGAUUGUGGUCAAGAAUCUCAGUCCCUCUGUUCACCUACAUUUGUUCUCAGAUUCCAGACCAAUGAAGAAGCUGAACUUCAAAUCCAAUCCAAAGAUGACUCUUUCGAGCACGGGUGGAAACUUGAGGAGGAUCUCCCAGGACAACCAACCAGCUUAUCAGAUGAGUAUUUAUUAACAGAUACUACGGUGGCUUUAUGUGAUUACUUCAACUCUGAUAACCCUGAGCCAAUAUUUUUCGAUGAAAUGAGAUUAGCAGAAGAGAAUAUUUCUGUAAAAUUAGAUAUUGAUUUUGGGGCUUGUACGUGGGAAGUUGAUGAUUACUAUUAA